GCCAUCUUUUAGUUGCCGUUUCGUCGCUGCGGUGGACACACGCGGCCACUUUUUGUAGAAAAUGUCGGAAAUCUACGUUAAUACGGGAAAGUUGAUUCAAGCAGUGAAAAAGCGCCCAGGUUUAUACAAAAAGAACGAUACUAACUCUUGCCAUAGGAAGUACAAAUCGAAGAUGUGGUCGGAAGUCUGUAGGGAGGUGUUUAGUAACUGGGACCUUAUGAGACCGCAAGAAAAGGUGGAAUAUGACCACGAGCUGCAAAAGCGCUGGAAAAGUCUCAGGACAUGCUUCGCAAGAGAAUUAGCGUUACAGAAGAAAGAGAAAAUAACAAGAGAUAAUAAAGAAGGACCGUACAAAAGGAGAAAAAAGUAUGAGCAUUUUGACAGCAUGACGUAUCUGCUCGAUCAAGAUGAAAUUGAACAACUGGAAGAGAUUAAUGAUUCUGGUCAUUCAUCUGAUCCUUUAGACAGUGAUUUGAUCAAAACAGAAUUUAAAUAUCCAUCAAGUUCCAGAGUUUUAACAGAGGUUGAUGUAGAUGACAGUGAUCCAUUCCAGCAAACCGUUCAUACUAGGAAUGAUAAUGUUGACGAGAAGAUAUUAAAUGUAUUAAGAGAUAUAAAAAGGGAUGAAGGAGAUGACGACAGGCAGUUUCUGUUAUCUUUAGUGCCCAGUUUUAAAAAGUUAAGCUAUAAACAGAGGUUUGAAGCUAGGAUAGAAAUCCUUAAAGUAUUGAAGGCUAUUAGUUUUCAAACCGAAUAGAUCUAGGGCUUUUGUUUGUAUCAAAUUUGUUUAUUUUUAACUGUUGAAUGUUUAAUUACUAGUUUUGCUUUAUCUUAAUUUAUCUGUUAUCGUUUCGUACUUCUUGAACACAUUUUUUGUUUACUUUUAUAAUAUGUACUAGUUUUCACCCGCGGCUUCGCCCGCGUGAAUUUCUUUGCUUUUUCGCAAAAGACAUGAUUUUCAUACAAACUUUCACCCCCCAUUAUAGACAUUUGGGGGUUGAUUUUUAAAAAGAAGUAGCCUGUUAGAUCGGAAGUCUUUAACUACAUGCAUACCAAAUUUCAUCAAAUUCCGUCCAUUUAUCAUCCAUUCUGAUUUAUCCGUGAAAGCAAAACAAACAGACAGACUUUCGCAUUUAUAAUAUUAAGUAUAGAUUAAGUAACGUAAUGAUAAUUACCUAUAAAGAUUUUCAACAUGAACUUUAUCAUAUUGUGCAAUAUCAUUAUCUUUAAAAGCAAAUAAUUUUAUUUUAUGUUUAUCAAAAUAACAUAGUAACUAUUUUUUACACGUUGCAUUAAAUAUUAUGUAAACUCCG